UCUAGUAACAUGUUUGACAGUUGAAUAGUUUCUCAGUGAAUAGACUGGGAAACCUAAAACCAAAAGCAGAAAAAUGCAGCUCGACCAGUAUACAGCAGCCAUUCACUAACACUGUGUGUUUCUCUAUGACAGAGUGAAGUGCAGCUAAUCUAAACUAUAAACUGCAAGACAUAGUCUUGCACUACUGCUAAUCAUUUUGCACUACCCUGUACGUUAUCGGUUUAAUUGACAAUAACUAAUAUAUAUCUUAACAUUAUGAUUCAUGUUUAAGAAAAAAUUAUUAAAUACAAAAUGUGUAGGCCCUAAAUAUUAUGUGCAGCGUUUAGGCAAACAACAACAACAACAAAUCAAUCAAUCAAUCAAUCAAUCAAUCAAUCAAUCAGUCAUGCCUUUAAUUACCAAUCCCCCAAUUACAACUGACUUGGCAUAGAUUACCCUCUCAGGACCCCGUGUCCUCGCAUGAGGACGUUAUGUUUUUGUGAAUUUCUCUAAGACUGCGCAUGUCACGGUCUGGAUGUCCUGUACAGAUCACAUUCGGGGCUUUUCUACCAAAUGAUUGGAUGUUUCGCCAUGACCACUCCCUCUCCUUAUGAAACAUGAUCCUAUUUUCUAAUUAUCAUUCAAAUCUGUACAUUUUUUAAAUUGUGUGUCAUAAAUCAACCUCUCAGGAAAAUGUUAUGAAAUGUUAUUAAAAUAUCUAAAUAGGACUUUCUGUUAUAAAGCAGGAUGUUGAUUUCAUACAUGUCCUCAUAUGAGGACGCCAGAACGUUUAUUAUGCAUUUUGUGAGACAUAACAAAUGAAUUAUGCAUUAAAUAAUGAAUUAACUAAUAAAUUAUAUUUCAGUAUUCUUCUUAUUAUUAUUACACUUGUUUCAUUACAUGCUGACCCAAAAACACAUGAAUACGCUAAUUAGAUUUAGUUUACAGAUACAUUGUAUGUAAUGAAAAAAACACAUUGUGCACACAUUUUGCAGAAAUAAAUAUAGCAUAUUGAAUAAUUCUGUUAUAACAGUUUAGAAUGAUCUCUAUACAGAGUUUAGUAAACAAAAAAUAUCUUGAAAACUAAAAACGUAUUAGUGAUUUUAAAUUACAAAGCUUUUGCCUAUGCAUGUUCAUUCAUGUCUUUCAUUAUUUUAAAGAAAUUGAGUGCCGAUGUCCUCAAACGAUCUUAUAGAUGAAGUUAUAGAUGAAAUAAUUUUAAAUUUUGCACAUUGUUUUAAUGCUCUAAGCAACGUAAAACUAAAACCUUUUUCACAGAUCUUAAGAGGUUACUAUCAUUAAAAUGCCACCGAAUUCUUAAUGUAAUCUGUGGGUAUUUAGAUGAUUCAUCAGCAUGCCGAACUUUAUAACUUCAACAUAAAUGAUUAAAUUUGACUAUUAAUGUGAAUUUGUUACAUAUACUGUUGUUGUUGAAAAGUCUGAUUGAAGUGUCAGCUGUCACCAAAAGUGCUUGUUUAGAUGUUUUCUAUCUAAUUUCUGCAGACCUGGUUAAAUGAAGAUUUCAGGUUAAUUGUAAACUAGUCGUUCCGAGGGAAUGAAUGUUGGUGUGGAUCACACAGACUCAGCGGUGUGGACAUAAACCAAUCACAAAGCGAGAACUUCUCGAGCGAGACGCACCAGCGCGUGAAUGUGGGUCAUUCCACGCGCUCGGCACCGGGAACGGACGCAGUUUCCCCAACUCGCCAACAUGGGACAGAGCUGGAAAUCGGACCGAUCGCUCACAAAGAGUAUCCCAAAACAAGGUAACUGGCCGUUAUGAGGUGUCUUGGUCGGAUGCGAUAUUAACGGGUAUGAUUUUAGAGAUGGAAAACGGCACAAACCACACGCAGGACCGCGCGCACGGAGCGCAGGAGCGAGAGGAUGGAGACGGACAGAACAGCGUGCGCGCUCUGCUGGGUUUUGUGCUCUUCCUUCUCAUCGUCUCCACGCUGCUCGGAAACACGUUGGUGUGCGCCGCCGUGGUCAAAUUUAGGCACCUGCGCUCCAAAGUGACCAACUUUUUCGUCAUAUCUCUGGCCGUUUCGGAUCUCUUCGUGGCCGUCCUGGUGAUGCCGUGGGAGGCCAUAUCUGCGGUGGCGGGCACUUGGCUCUUCGGCCGGUUUUGCGGCAUCUGGAUCGCCUUUGACAUCAUGUGCUCCACCGCGUCCAUCCUCAACCUGUGCAUCAUCAGCGUGGACCGCUACUGGGCCAUCGCGAGCCCGUUCCGCUACGAGCGCAAGAUGACCCACCGGGUGGCUUUCAUGAUGAUCGGUGUGGCGUGGACCCUGUCCAUCCUCAUCUCUUUUAUACCGGUACAGCUCAACUGGCACAUGGCUGAGGACGACGAGGAGGGCGCCGCGGGCAACGGCACCGACUACAGCGACAACUGCAAAGCCAACCUGAACCGGACUUAUGCCAUCUCGUCUUCGCUGAUAAGUUUUUACAUCCCCGUGAUCAUCAUGAUCGCGACGUACACGAGGAUAUUCCGUAUCGCGCAGACACAGAUCCGCAGGAUCUCCUCUUUGGAGAGGGCAGCGGAGCACGCGCAAAACCACCACCAGUCCAACGACUGCUCCAACGAGAACUCGCUGAAAACCACUUUCAAGAAAGAGACCAAAGUUUUGAAGACGCUCUCGAUCAUAAUGGGAGUAUUCGUGUUCUGCUGGCUGCCGUUUUUCGUGCUUAACUGCAUGGUGCCCUUCUGCCAGUGCGUUAGCGACACUACCUUCACCAUCUUCGUGUGGUUCGGAUGGGCCAAUUCCUCCCUCAAUCCCGUCAUUUACGCGUUUAACGCCGACUUCAGGAGGGCGUUCUCCUCGAUUUUGGGUUGCAAUAAAAUUUUCCCCAGCACCGCAGUGGAGACUGUGAAUUUCAGCAACGAGCUGGUAUCGUAUCAUCACGACACGACGCUUCAGAAGGAAGCCCAACCGCUGGCCGUUCAGAUGCCGAACCCUCGGGAGGAGCCGAGUCUCCCGUUCGAUAAGGACUCGGUUACUUCGAACGCGUCCCGGAACCACAAAAACAUGCUCUUACCCAACAUCGGACAGUUUGAGUGCGACGGGGAGAUUUCCCUGGACACCAUCACGCCGUUCACCUCCACGGGACUCAUGGAGUGCGAGGGAAUCCCAGGUCAAAUCAUUACUGAAUGACUCAGGGGGUUUGGGAGGGGGGCUCCUCGAAUGAAGCCUAAACUAAUGAGCGGUAUUACAAGGCGCGCCGGACGGGUUUAAUGACACGAGAAGGAGAUCAUUAACAGCUUGUUAAUCAACCAAAAAGUAUCGCUUUUUCGCCUGUCACAAAAAAAAGAAGAACAAGACGUAAAACGUUUCUACGCGUUUUUUUUUUUUUACAAACGCAAAACGAAAAUGUAGAAAAGCCAAACCGAAAUAUCCCUACAAAUGAUCUUUCUGAAAGUCACAGUAAGCACACUUAAGACUUUUAAAGUGAAUCGACUGACGCUGACGGAUUCAUAAACUCAGAACAUACAGGAAUGCAUAAAGUGGGCCUCGUGACUCUUUAUCGAUCUCAGUGGUUUUCUAAAAAGAAAAUGCAUCUUAUUUUAUUGGUAUUUUAAGCAUUAUUAAUUAACUUAAUUUGUUUCUAUUGCGUUCAUUUGUUUACUUGCCAUGUAGACCUACAUGUACAGUAAAAUAUGAAAUUUGGCUAAUUGUAUAUCAUAUAUCACGUGUGUUUUAAUGUGAGAAAUGUCGGUUUGCUGACUACUUUUGCAAAAUAUGUAGCUAUAAUCCAUGCAGGCGGGAUAAGAACAUUCUCUUUGCACCUUUCUGUCCACGGCUUUUACCUGAAAAUCUUGUAUACUCUAGAUUUGUCAAAGUAGACACUCCAUCGGCAUUCUCUCAUGUGGUGCCACCUGGGAUGCUUUUAAUAGCAGCCUAGUGAACUGAGAUCCACACUUUUCCUUCACUCUCCAGUCCAUACGCCUAAUUCAUAUUUAUCUACAAAGCUAAUUGCCAGCCUUGCAGAGCACGAGAAAUACGGUUUCAGUCAAAGGUCUAAUCUUCUACAUGCAUUAGAGAGAUACAAAGCAUUAGAAUUUAGAUGCAUGUGCCUAAAAUAUCUGCAAUACGUUUCAGAGUUGACAUAUCUAGGUUAAGGUUACUGAUUCUGACCACAUAAAACCUUUUUGGAAUUUCU